AGAGAAGAGGAAGAACAGAGACCUCAUUGAACUUCGGAGUCACAGAAGAAUCCGCUCUGCUUCCUCGCCACCAAGGAGUCCCUCGCCCGACUCUAAGGAAGAAGAAGAAGAAGACAGGAGCCGGGACGCUACUCUUCCCACGAAACUCCGGCUGGCUCCCCAGCAUCAUUGGAUUUGCUGCCUAGAGGAGCCGCCCUUCUUGCAAAGCCCAGCAUGGAUUCUCCUCUAAACCUGGAUCCAGGGUCCCUGUCUUCCACCACUCGGACUGACCUUCCAGUCCCCCUGAAGAAGUUUUUUCAGGGUGAACCCCUGGCUCUGGGGAUCACACAGAUAUUCAUAGGAAUCAUUGGAAUUAUUUUUGGGAUCAUCCUCGAUGUCGUCGAUGAUUUUUUAAUGGAAUAUAUUAUUAUAAAGAUGCCUUAUUGGAGUGGAAUCUUGUACAUCAUCUCUGGAUCCUUAGCCGUGGCAGCUGCUCGGAAUCCCAAGAUCCCUCUGGUGCAAGGCGCGCUGGCAAUGAAUGUGAUAAGUGCCGUAACGGCUGGUGUUGGCAUCAUAUUCCUGGGUCUCUCAAUCAACCAUUAUAGAUACCAUUCCAUCUACCUUUGCCAUAUAUAUGGAAACUAUUCUGAGGAAAACUGUCACGAAAUUGCUGGUAUAACUGAAGGAAUUUUGGCUAUUCUUAUUGUGUUCACCCUCCUGGAGCUCUGCAUCGCCACCUCUCUUGCGUCUUUUGGCUGUAAGAUGCUCUGCCGAAAUGCCUUCACUGAAACGGUUGUGGUCAUUUAUCAGGAUGCGCCUCCUGCCAGUGCUGAAAAUCCAUCGAUCGGCUGCAAAGAGCCAGAAUCCCCCUGAGUGGCUUUCCCGUCAUGGCAGCUAUUCCGGAGUGCAUUGGCUCCUGCAAAAUGGAAGUCUUCAGCUUUUUAAAGAAAUUACAUUGGACUUUUUACUCAGGGGAACAUAAAAAUAUUGAAUGGGCUAAGCAAAGCACCACGUAAAAGGUCUUGAGAAUGUUGCUGUUCUUUGUUGCUGGUUAAAACAUUUACGUAUAUGAUGGUUGGCACCUGUACCAAGUUAUGUUUUGCUGUUGGAAAAUGCCCUGUUGGUGGGUUUAUAAAACAUGUUAUGGAUAAACCAGAGUUUCCCCAUUAUAAUGGUUGCAUCACAGAACAGGCAAAGUCCAAUACCCACCUCGACAGAGCUUAGCAACCAUCAAAUGCUUGCAACCCAUUCCAGAAAUUGAUAUGUGGGAUUUAAUUGUGUCCCUGGGAACUGUUCAGAUAAAAGGCUCAGCAGCCAUAUAUAGCCCCAUGAAAAUGAAAGAGACAAAUUUAUAGCUAUAAUUUAAAGUUUUAGCCAAUUUGUUCUAGUGGUUGAAAAACCACUAGAAUACCGCUAGAAACCAGGAGACUGUGAGUUCUAAUCCAACCUUAAAUAGAAAAGCCAGCUGGGUGACUUUAGGCCAGUCCCUCCCUCGGCCCAACUCACUUUGUUGUAAUGGGGGGGGAAAGGAAAAGGAAGGAAUAUUAGCUACGUUCGCUGCCUUUAAUUAUUUAUAAAAAUAAUAAAGACAAGCUAUAAAUGUAUACAUCAGAAGACAAACUUGUUUCCUGCCACUCCAUUUUCCAUCAGGUUGCCUUCUGCCAAUCCAGCUCAUCUCACUCUUUAUUUGAGGCACGACUGCACUCCAAACUAAUAAACUUGCUGAACUCGGUUAUGGCUUGCUGUUUCCCCCCCCCCUCUAAAUUCCACAGAAAUAAAGAGCGUUGGGGAGUGGGGUGGUAGUGUGUGUCUUAUUCUUUGGGAUAUUCUGUUCUAUUCUGUUCUGUUCUGUUCUGUUCUAUUCUAUUCUAUUUUAUUCUAUUCUGAUCUCGACUAUGUGUCUGAAUGGUCAUCUAUUUGGCAACUUCAAAUGUCGAUUAAUAAAUGCUCUGUCUUACACAUUGGUAAACAUAAUUAGAAUGUCAACUAUAAGCUAGGUGGCAGUGAUCUAGCAGAUGACCUUUCUUUGUUAAGGUCCUAGGGGUACCUAUCUUUGACAAUUAUGCUCCAAAGCUCACUGUAAAAGCAUGGCUAAAAAAGCAUUAAGAGUUGUAAACUUAAUUUUGCGAAGCUGUUUUUCUGGAAACAUUGUAUUGCUAAUUAGAGCUUAUAAAGCUUAUGCUAGACCAAUUUUAGAGUAUAGUAUUUCAUGAGAAAAUCCUUGCACUCUUCUGUACAAAAUAGAAUUCCUUAUGCUACUAGGCUUGAAAUUCUCUGUUUGGAUAACUUAGAACUGCCUCACUUGCGGUCAGACCUAGGUAUUGCAUACAUAGUGAUAUUGAUUGUUUCCUGAUUGCCUAUUUGUACCCUAUGACUAUCAUUAAAAGUUGUACCUAAGAAUUCUUAAUGAACAUAUUUUUUCUUUUAUGUACACUGAGAGCGUAUGCACCAAAGACAAAUUCCUUGUGGGUCCGGUCACACUUGGCCAAUAAAAAAUUCUAUUCUAUUCUAAAAUUAUAUGUAGUGAUGUUUUGCCUGUAAAUGAUUUUUUUCUGCUUUAAUCGCAAUAAUAGGUCCGCAAACAACUGCUUUAAACUCAAUGUAAAUCGUUCUAAACUUGACUGUAAAACAAAUAUGAUCUCUGUAAUAAAAUUGUCAAAGUUUGGAAUGCCCUACCUGA